GCGCUCAAACUCCUCCAGAAAGUCCAGAGGCGUGAAUCUCCUGUGGAACUCGUGUACACGUCCCAUGAACGUUGGCCCUGCCCUCGAUUGCCAAUUCACCCGCAACUCAAACUUGACACCAUUCGUAUAUCUGUCUUAGAUUCUUCCUUCAAUCCGCCGACAUGCGCCCAUCUCGCUCUGGCAAACUCUCGACCCCCACGGUACACCAUUAAGUCCGGCCUUGGCACAGGCUCGGCUUUGGCAUCAGUAGCUGAGCUUGAUUAUGAUGCAAAGCUGCUGCUGCUAUCUGUUCGGAACGCCGACAAAGCACUGAAAUCUGGUGACGCAACAUAUGAGCAGCGUCUGGAGAUGAUGUACCUUUUCUCAAAGGACAUGCCAGCAUCUGUCUCGCAGUGCCCCGAGGAUAAAUCUGAGUCUGCGCAUGCCAACGUCGCAAUAGCCAUCGUAGAUGAACCAACUUUCGUCGGAAAAGCCGUAGUUCUUCGGCAGUUCCUGCAUGCGCGGAUUUCCAGCUUGUAUCCCCCGGCAACUGCUCUGGACGGAAUGGCAAUAUCAAUACCAGGUCCACGCCUAGCAUUCCUGCUAGGCUUUGACACUCUCGUCCGCCUGCUGUCUCCGAGAUACUAUGCAUCUGAAGCUGCGAUGAUGGAUGUUCUUCGUUUGUUUUUUUCGCCUGCAGGAGAUGAUUGCUAUGUGGUGUGUGCUAGGCGGAAAUUGGCAGAAGUUGAACAUUCGGUACAAGAGGAAGUAGAAGCGAAGACUUUAUCCGCGGCAAGGGGAUUUAUAGAGAGCGAGCGAGUUGCUUUGAUCAGCAUAGACGCUGACAGCGUUGACGAGCAAACUAGUUCAAGUCAAGUGAGAACAAAGGUUGCACUCAAGGACGAGACAUGGAGAAGACUUGUUACCCCAUCUAUUGCCAACUACAUCAUUCAGAACAACUUGUACGUU